AUACCCUUUUCUCAUCCGCAGUACAUUUUUUGAAGAUGGAAAAAGGAUACCCACCACAGCAACAAGCUCCACCUUACCCUGGGCCGCCUAUGAACCAUGGCGGUGCAAUGCCACAGCCAGGGCAGUACGCUCAGCCAGGGCCGUACGCUCAGCCAGGGCCGCACGCUCAGCCAGGGCCGCACGCUCAGCCAGGGCCGCACGCUCAGCCAGGGCCGUACGCUCAGCCAGGGCCGUACGCUCAGCCAGGGCCGUACGCUCAGCCGGGCUACUACCCCCCGCACCCCCCACCCAUGUACCAGGGAGAUGUUGCCUAUGCUCCAGCCACUGCUGUUCCUGCCACAACAGUGACUCACUUGAUAGUAGGACAUGUACUACAUGACGUCCCAGGACAAACUGUCUGUCCCCACUGCCAGCAGUCAGUGAUCACCAGGAUAGAGCGCACAGCAGGCCUGAUGACCUGGGCUAUCUGUGCUGGCCUCGGCUUAUUUGGGUGUUUUCUUUGCUGUUUUAUACCAUUCUGCGUUGAUUCCUGUCAAGAUGUGGAGCACCGUUGUCCUUCGUGCCAAAGAAUCAUCUACGUUUACAAACGAAUGUGAAACCAACUCUGAUUAAGGAAGAAGACCUCAAUUCUUAUCUGCACCUUUACUUACUCUUUGAUUAUUUUUACACUGAUCAAAAUUAUACCGUAAAAUACAUUUAUCCUAUGCUGACAUUGUCCUAGUCAUUUAGCUACUUUUUCACAUUUCAAUGCCAAUGACAUAAGCCUCACACUGCAGGGAAUCAUAUUAAGCAGUGAGUGGUGAACUUGUAAUUCAAUAAAAAAUUGUUACAUGAUGCUAUUAUUAUAUUAUUUCAUAAUACAAACACAACAAAUUAUGUUGAUGAAAGAUAUACAAAAUAACUGUGUCUUCUGUAGUUAUGAGUCUCUGUAAAACCAAGACAACAAGAUUCACCACUGAUAAGAGAAAACAGACGUUGUAAUUUUUAUUAGUAGUUUUAAUUUUUUAAGUUCUUACACAUGUGGUUGACACGGAUAUACUCACAAAAUAAAUAGUAAAGAUAACAAAACAUAAAAGGGUACACAUUUGUGAGUGUAGAGAGGGUAGAAUCUGUUUGGACAGUUGACCUGCAGUCUUUACAGGAUGGUGUUGUGAAAUACAUGUAAUUCUUAUUCUAUUGUUGUUCUAUUUUGGCAUUGCCUCCGGUUUUGGAGAAAUCAUGUUUUGUUAAAUUCUUCAAGGUAAUUUUUUUGGAAGGCUGUUGUUCCUUUGACAUGUGUUUUGCUAAGAGGCUCCUAGACAUUGUGGUUUGCUGAUCUUUUUUCAACGUUUAUCUAUCUAACUAAUCCUCUAAUAACUCCUAAUAUUAAUAGCCGAGUAUGGAUUUCUAAUCUGCUGUUCCUAGACCUGCUCUUAUCAGAGAAGCACUGAGCGGUAAAACACCACAGCAACGUUACAGCGCAGGGCUAGCUCAACGGCACAACAGAACUUGACACAGACUAUUGUUUUAGAAAGGAUGCGCCUGUUUUUGUCAACCUCCCUAUGAUGCUUACUGAUCCCUAUCCUAUAGCUUUCAUUGAGUUGGACAGUUGUGUUUACUUUCCUUAACAUGCUAGUCUCAUAGUAAUUUCCAUGUGGACUCUAGUUUGUUCAUGCUUUUUAGUUUUUUUUUAAAAAAUAUGUGCUUUCAGUCGCAGCACCCUGUCUGGAUCCAAGCUGGGUCUGAUCCUGACGUCUGAAAAAUGAGGCAGGGGAAGCAAAAGUACUAAUAAUAUUUGCCGGCCGUACUGCUUUUUACACUGAUCAACAUUAUAAUGUAAAAUACACUUAUGCUGAAAUUGUCCAAGGUUAUUUUUGGCUUUUUCACAUUUGAAUGCUAAUGACAUACUGUAUGCCUCACACUUUGGGGAUUCAUAAUAAGCAGUGAGUGGUGAAUUAGUUAAAUAAAAAGCUGUUAUAUGAAAA